AGUAGCUACCUGUGCUGCCGUAACGUACUCACUCGCACAUUCCCCUGAACUACAACCAUCGUCCGCCGGGGCACUCCGAAUACGGCACGCGAGCGAGCACACAAUAAUGGUCCUCAUAGCUGAGAAGAAGUACGCAUGCGAAGCGUGCAUCAAAGGCCACCGUGCGUCGGUCUGCCAACACUCCGAUCGUCCGCUCUACGAGAUCAAGAGGAAGGGCCGACCCGUCUCGCAAUGCGACCACUGCAGAGAGCUGCGCAAGUCGAAGCAGGUGCACGUUAAGUGCAUGUGCGCACUGAGCAGAGAUGAAGGAUAUGCCUCGUCUUCUGCCUGCGACUGCGACCGCACGGGGGUAUGCCACUGCUGCACCACGCGCACGCCAUACUCAGGCCGCAAACCCAAGACCCGCGAACCCAAGGCCUGCGACUCCUCAUCCAAUUCAGAGCGCGGGAACUCCGCCGAGGCUCAACCAAUGGGCUCAGCGAGUCUCGAGGAUGCAGCUCACCAACACAGCCACCGGCCACUUCUGCCCAGACCACCGGAACCGCAUCCGCAAGCCCUGUCGCACGAGAUCCCACCUAUCUGGCACACGUAUGGAUCGCACCAUGAACUGAACCCCCAACCCGAAUUCCAUGAACCCAAUUGCUGCGCGCAUGCUGGGCCGCACGAGCAGAUGCAACCGAUCGGCGGACACGCCCCUCAGUACGCACCGGCAGCACCCCCCGCGCCAAAUAUAUCCGCCCAUCCGGCUUCAUAUCCAUACGACGAGCUCACUGCAUCCACAGCUGAGCUCGACGGCUGGUUGAGCGCAUUCGACUCGUCGCAAUCUGCCGCGCCAGCUCCGGCCCAGCCAUGGAGCGGCGACAACAUCUCGCUUUGUGGAUGCGGCGAGGAGUGCGGCUGCUCAGGGUGCCCUGAGCACGGCGGGGGGAUCGCCCCCAACUCCUCUGCAUCCUCUAUGUCAUGUGCGGGGCCGAAUGACUGCCCGAGCUGCUUGGAGUGCAUAUUGGCGUCGGCACCGUUGCCACCCGAGCAACGGUUCUCGAGCGGAGACAAUCCCGGACUUGGCGGGCAGGAGGCCGGGUCGUUUGACCUGCAUUCAUUCGGCGUACAGACCCAAUUGGGCUUGCACCCUGCGUCUUCCCUGGUCAUGCCUGGUGCGAUGUAGCACCCCGAUUAGAAUGGGACCGUACAGAGAGAUUUCCGCUCUUCGGGUAGCGUGUGUACGCUGGAUCACUCGGGUGUAAUACUACGGGAGCUUGUAUGUUAGAUGCCGGAGCUACCAUGCUAUGAUGCAUCCGUGCCAUAGAGAAGCCAAUAUUUUUGUUUUGAGGUUU